CUCCCCGGCCCCCGCAGCCGGGGCGUCCCGGGGAACGCGGGGCUGCCCCCCACUUCCCCCCGCUGGGCCCGGCCCUGCCCCCCGGGUCGCCCCCGUAGCCGCGGGAGCUCGACGGAUCCGCGGGACCCCCCGGCCGGGAUGGAGGGGCGCGGGGAGGGAGGCGAGGAGGAGGAGGAGGAGGAAGAGGAGGAGGAGGAGGAGGAGGGCGGGGGGGUGCGCAUCACCCCCCAGCUGCUGAAGGCCAGCACCGGGGAGUUCGCGCUGGAGUCCAUCCUGCUGCUGAAGCUGCGGGGCCGCGGCAUCGCCCACCUGGGCUGCCUGGGCGACUGCGCCAACCUGGAGUGGCUGGACCUCUCCGGCAACGCCAUCGCCCAGCUGGGGCCGCUGGCCGCCCUCAAGGCCCUCACCGUCCUCAACCUCUCCCGCAACCGCAUCGCCAGCUUGGAGCCGCUCGGCUCCUGCCACAACCUCCAGAGCCUCAACCUGGCCGGUAACCGGGUGAGCAGCCUGCAGCAGCUGCGGUGCCUGACGGGGCUGCGGCGCCUGGAGAGCCUGCGCCUGCGCGACCCCCUCGCCCGCCUCGCCAACCCGCUCUGUGCCGCCCCGGCUUACCGCGCUGCCUUGGCGGACAUGUUCCCCGGCCUCAAAGCCAUCGACGGCGAGCGGGUGUCCGGUCGGGGCAGCGAGCUCUACCGGCUCUGCCGGGAUCUCGACAGCUCGCUGGGGCGCGGCGGCAGUGGCAGCGCCGGUGCCGGUACCGAACCGCCCCGCACGGCUCAGCCCUGGGUGGACGCGGGGUUUUGGGAGCCGCGGCCGCCCCGGCGCAGCUCCAUCAUGGAGGAAGCCUACAAGCAGUUCGGGGAGGUGCUGCAGGAGUGCCGGGAGCUGAGCCGUCGUGCCGACGACACCAUCGCCCAGGCGGAACGGGCGCUGAGCAGCCGCCCAGACCCAAACUCCUUCGUCUUCUGAGCCGCGAGCCCCCCCGGUCCCAUGAGAGGAGACCCCACUACGCUGCUGCCAUCCUGGCCCGGCCUCGCUGGAGGAGCUGCAGGGAACCUGGCCUCGCCUGCGUGCUGGGGGGCUGCCCCAGCCUCACGCUGUGCCGGAGCAGCACCCCACACGGCUGGGGGUGCCCGGGCUGGCCCCCACCGUGCUCCAUCACCUCGGGGGCUCCUGGACGGGAAACGGGGGUUCCCUGUCCCCUGCAGAGCUGCGGCAGGAGCAGGGAUGUCCCCAGGGACUUUAGAGCCAUCCCAGAGCUCUCUGGCCCGGAGCAGAGACUGUGGGGUUGGGAAGCUGCACGUGGGGACCGGGGGACAUGGUGGGGACCAGGGGACAUGGCGGGGCUGUGCAGUAAAGGCGUGCUAUCCUUGGA